AUGGCCACUGCAAAGUAUGACCUCCACCUGGGCGCAGGCCCAUCCGAGGACUCGGAGAUCCUCCUGGAUGAUUCUGACUCAGGGAGUGUGCUCUCUGACGACUCUGUGCUUCCCGACUACGAAAGGGAUGAAAAGUACACAGAGCCGGCAAAAACGUUGUAUGAGGCCUGCGCCCGGAAUGAACCCAAGUCCCUGUGCAGGAUCCUGGAGAGAGGAGUCACUAAAGAUGAGGCCAUGGAUCUGGACAUCAAUGGCAGGAGUGGACUGAUGUUGGCUGUGGGCAAGGGAUUCGUAGACAUUGUCACCAUGCUGCACAUAUGUCCAUUAAUAGAUAUCAACCACCAAGACAACGAUGGCAACACUGCCCUCAUGAUUGCUGCUCAGGCAGGUUUUGUCACUAUUUUAAACUACAUCCUUAACUUCUUCUCUGGCGUGGACACCGAAGUCAGGGAUCCCCGUGGCUUCACAGCUCUCAUAAAGGCAGGCCUACAGGGCCGAGAAGAGUGUGUAUCCGCGCUGUUAAUGCAUGGUGCAGAUAUGAAUGCAAUGGAUCUGGUCCAAGGGAGAGGUCUAAAGGAUUGGGUCCUUAGGACAGGAAGGUUUGAGACUCUAAACAGAAUCCGCCGCCUGCAGGCUCAUUCUGUCGCUGAGCAAUUCUGUGAUAGCUACAUUCCUGAGUGGCCUGAGCUGAAGCAACUAGUAGCAAAGGCCACAGCCAUCAAAACAACCAGCCAAAAGCUGAGGCAGUGCUUAAAAGACAGUCUUUCGUUAAGCUUCCCUCAUGACCCCGAAGACAAUGGGGUCAUGGACCAUAUGGUGCGGAUGACUACGGGCAUCCACAGCCACCUGAUAGUCACUGGUUGCCGUCCACUCUGUCCCUCCAGCCCCCCAGAGAUUGGCAAGCGACGGUUUGCUGUGCCUGAGCUGCUUGAAAAGUACAGCAGCAAGGAGUUGGAGGAGAGCACAGUGUCCCACAGUAAAGGCUACAUCACCACCUCUGAUUCUCAGGUUUCUGUGUCAGCCCCCUCUGUAUCCCUGACCUCCUGCUGCCAGGACACAGAGCGCAGGGAAAGCAUGAUGUCAGGUGGCAUGAGAAGCUUCAUUCCCUGCAGCAUGGCACACAGGAACAGCAUCUUCCCCUCAGGAUGUAUUCCCAAGAUUGAAGUAACUAAAUCUGGGGAGCCCACUCCAAAGAAAGAGAAAAAGAAGAAAAGGCAGAAGGGCUACCUGGAGCUUCCUGUCUGGAAGUACAAGGAGGCCAAGGAUGAGAAGAAGAGAGAGAAGAAGCAGCAGGAAAAGGAAAAAGAACAAGAGAAAAAACAGAAGGGUUCCAAACGUUCAUCAAGCCAAAAAUGA